AUGCCCAUACAGACAUGCAAACAGAGACGCGCAGCGGGCGUUGCAAGCCCCCCAACACCACACACACCACCCACCAGCCCGCGAAAUCGGCGCACCGCCACCAAACCGACAAUGGAGGCGUCAUUAGACCCACCUGUCAUCACCCCGCCAGCACGCCAUAGCCCUGACUGGGACAUCCCCAGCGGCGGAUUUCCCACUCCGGACGAGGAGCGCUUAUCACCUUUUGUCCCGUCCGAUAGUGGCUCGCGCGAGUCCAGCCCAGAGGCUGAGGCCGAAGGGAUGUCUGGGUCAGAGGAUGACGACGAGCAAUUGUCAUCCGACAGAGGGGUGCCGACAACAGCUGUGAGCAACGCUCGCUCGCCUCGAUGGCUCCCAUGGCAGGACAGGGCACUUGUCCAGUCCAUCGACGUUGUCCGGCCUUUCGAGGCCGACCGUGGUGACGAUACCGCUCAAGCUUGGCAACGCGUGGCGGUGGAGCUGUUCACAGCAACGACAGCAAACGGGACAGCGGUGAAUCGGACGAGUGAGGCUUGCAGAGGACGAUUCCGGCUCAUCCUCAAGGCACACAGGAAACAGCAGACAAGGGCAAAGCAACUUACCGGAGCGGUGGAGGAUGUGGAUGAGCAUGUCAAGCUUCUUGACGACAUAGUCGAUUUCCUCGAUGGACAACAAACAUCAAAGGUGAAAAAAACGAGUGCUGCGCGGACCAAGGCUGCUGUUGAAGAUGUCGGCGGGAAGGAGAUGCGUGAUGCUGCGAUGCGUGGACUUGUCCGGGGGAGUGGCUUAACAGAUGUCGCAAAGCUAGAAGGGUCAACGAUUCGGGAGAAACAGGGACAGCGCCGCGCACUCAAACGGCGCCAUGCCGCAGAUGACGAUUCAGACAAGGAGAACAACUCUGCUGGCUCAGGCAAUGAUUGCGAUCGCUCUGUGGCACCGAAGCGCCGCCGCCGUAACCAACUCAUGGAAAUGCUUGACAAUCGCGUCGAGCACGACACCAAGCUCCUGAAAGAUGCACAAGCAGUCGAUGAAAGACGCCACAAGCAGAAUCUCAAGUAUCAGGAGAAGAGUCUCGCGCUGCAGGAGAAGGUCGCUGGCGGGAUGGACAUGCUUGCACGGGCGCAGGCUCAGAUGCUAGAUAUGCAGCGCAGGAAUGCCGAGGAUGAGAUUCAAAGGCGCCAGGAGGAGACCGAGCGUCGCCUUGCAGAUGCAGAGCGGACAAAUAUGAUGCUCAUGGCGAUGAUGAAGAAGAGUGCCGACUAG